AGCCGUUCGGCUCGGGGAUCGCGGGGGGGCCGCGCGUGGUGGACGCAUCCGGCGAGGGGCCCUGCGCGCGCGCCCCCUGUCAGCCAGCGGAAGCGCGCCGACGCCUGCGAGCCGACGCCUUUGAGCCGCAGGGCCGAACAGCUUCGAGCAUGAUGGCCUCCAACUUCAUAGCCGACGGCCAGGGCCAGGGCCCAAACGGGGCGUGCGACAAUAUGGACAAUAUCGUCGCAGAGCUACGCGACAAGCUCCAGGCCGUGGAGGCGCUGCCACAGUGGCAGGAGGCUGGGGAGAACGGCGACCAUAGGGAACAGAUCCUGCAUUACCACACCAUGGGCUGCCCGCAGUUCGCCAAGGGCCAGUGUGCCAGG